AUGAAGCAAGUGGAAAAAAUGACUUACCUAGAAUUGCUUGAAGCACAGCAGAGACACAAUAAAAUUCUAUCCAACAAAUCUGUUCUACAAAAAUUACCUGACAAAGGAAAGAAGCUUGUUGAAACCAAUCACAAGAUUGAAGAAAGAUUGCAAGAAUAUCAAACAGAAACAGAGGGACUGUCCCAAAUGUUGUCGGGGAUGACAUUGUCACCCAGCCCAAGAGUAGAUGUCAACCAAAUGGAAUGGACAGGGAAAAUUGAUCCUGCUAACUCAUUACUUGAGUCACAAUCUAACAAUCAGCAGCCAAAUCCAGAUGAUGAGAGUACAGAUAUAGUGGACAUUCUUUUGACCACAAACCAAUUGAGCAAGAUUGUCAUUGACGAAAGGGAAACUGCAGCAAUUGCAGAUAAAAGUGUUAACACCCAGGAUCCUUGCUACAAACGUUUAACAGAAAAAGUAGAACACCUUAAACCAAACCAGCAAUUCAAGCCUUACAAAACUUUGAAGCAUGAACAGGAUCCAUCAUCUAAACAGCACCAUAAUUGGGAUGAAAACACUGCUGCAACUCCACCACAGUGGAAACAUGAUGAGGGUGUUAAGCCUAUUCCGAUUGAAGAAUCCUUGCAAUUGCAAAUUCAAGCUGAGGAGAAGUUAAAGGCUAUAGAACUACAUCGCUUCCAACCCAAACCGAGAUCACUCCAUGCUAUUACUAUUCGUCCUGAGGAGCUUGAAGAAGUUUAUGAUGAGGAACCUGAAGGAGCAGGAGGUGGCAUGGCAAUCACUGUACAUCAGGAAGCAGCAGAUUGA